CUGUCAACCACUAAAGUUAAUUCAUUUUCAAGCACAAAACACUGGAUAACUCUUCCACCCUAUCCUUCCCAAAUACUGUUCACAAUGUACUUCCACGGUAUACCCCAUGGCAAAGCUACUGAGCUAGUAGCUCCCAUGAUACACACAGCCUUUAAUAAAGCAUGCCACAAAACGUCCACUGUGGCGGACUUCGACCAGAUAAUCGCCUUCCACGACGAGUACUUAGAGUAUUCCCUGUUUGUCCGGUCGCUCAUGGGCAGAGUCCCUCUUAUCCUGGAAGCAACUAUCGAGAGUUCGUAUGAUGACAGCAAUAGCGAUAUAAAACACUGCCGUCGUUGGCACAAUCUGCUUUCUCUUGUUUCAGAGGUCCGCAUAGCAAUUGAGAGUCUCGGUAUCCCCCUUGGCGCCAUAGCCAAUACCAGUCUCCUAAUGUUCCUUGGUUCUGGUUUGUUCACCGCUGGCAAGAGGCAAGAUUUGGAAAUGGCGAAGGCCGAGGCUAUGGAUACAGUAGAUACGAUUCUCAGCCUCUGCCCGAAUGUUACCGGUCUCUGGCAUCAUGGUCAUCGCACUUGGAGCUCGUCGGCUGGGUUUGUUAGGGAUAUUCCUGGAGUGGGAGGCGAGAUUAUGCUGGAGCUUCAUAGGAGACUGCACUCCCAGCUCACCAUGAUGCAGGUGAUGCGUCCAUUUCCAAAAGACAUUGCUGCGCCAUUUUCAGAGAAUUUGCAAGUCCUUGUAUUGGACAGCAAGCUGAUUCCUGAGCUCCACAAUAGCCGCUAUGUUGACUGGACUCUGUUUCGGGCUGGGGCCGACGGGGCACUGAAUCUCAAGCGGCUUGACAAGCUUGCCUUGGAGUUCGACAAGCCAGUCAAAGGUAUGGCCUACUGCUCUCCAUGCUUCGUUGAUGUGACAUUUCCAGCUGUGACACAAGUGAAGGUUAAAGGGCUCGAGCACUCCAUCGUGGCCAUGGAGAACUAUCUACACACAGCUCAGUGCCGCCCUCUGACGCUUGUCACAGAGCCAUAUGGGCUUGAGAGAAUGGGUCUCCCCAUCCUACGGUGCGCUACACUGCUGGCUGUAAACAUCAAGGAUAGGCAUACACAUGCUGGACAGGCCUGCAUGACUAGGGGUAUAUAUAGACUCUUCAGGCAUGGCCAGCAAUACUUGUCAGGGGCACGGGUCACUGGCAUGUAUCACCCAAUGCCGCCCUCGAUCAAGUGGCCGUGGCUGCACUGGCUUCACUUGACUCCGGUUGUAGCCUGUGCAAAUAGCAUGCUGAACGUCAUCGGCAUGCUCAAGCAUCUGCAUGUUCUCGUCAUUGACGCCUAUUCCCUUGAGCGCAAGCACCUGAUGGUAGUGGGAAGCAGCAGUUUCCUCAACAGCCAGAGCAAGGCGGUUUCGGAUAUGGACGAUGCUGUCAAGGGUCUUGGAAGAUGUGUCAGCGACCAAAUUGUUCGCCUGGACAUUCGGUCGUGCAAGCCGCUAUGCGUUUCCACCGUCGUAAAAGUAGUCUCGCGUCUGCCUAACCUGACUAGCCUCGGAGUUAGCCCUGGGUAUGUCGAUGCUGUGGCCCAGGCGAUUGGUGGACGUGCAUCUGGUAGCUCUGAGGCGGGCUUUCGUGUGAUUCAUGUGCGCGAGUACUCUUCACACAUAGGGGUCUUCGACGGGUAGCUUUGCUCUAUUUCUUUCCUUGUAUCCUUCUCCAGAUUCGUUGAUAGAACGCCAACAGCUCGAGCACCCGAUAUGCUCCUAGUAACGUCAGUAAAUACGGAAUGUAAAUAAGAUGUGCAAACAUUGUCAAAAUGAUUAAUCGCCUACGUUAUCAGAUAUAUGGCAUCGACUA